CCCAAAGUACCUGUGUCUGUGUUGUAAUUUUCUAUGACUGUGACAAGAACCUGAAAUAAUACAAAAAUUCACUCCAAAUCCUUUUUAACAGACUUAAGUUGAACCUCAUUGUAACAGUGUGAUACCAGAUCAAACCUUGGCAACUCAAGUAAUUUCAACGGAAGUAUUGUCCUAAACGCAUUGAUGGAUUUUGCAAAUCUUUUUACAGGUUAAAAACGAGAAGGAGUUUGUCUCCAGGAAGCUCAAACAUGACACGCCAGUUUUGUUGUCUCUGUCUAUAUAUUUCAGAAGUGGAGCAAGGGAUUCAACCAACCAUCCUUCCUGUUCAGACUGUGAGGAGGGAUUCACUCGGUUAACUGACCAACUGGCACACCCGUCAUUUUACACAGGAGAAAGGCCGUUCACCUUCUCAGACAGUGGGAAUGGAUUCACUCGGUCAUCUCAACUGAAGGUACAUUAACAAGUUCACACUGGGCAAGGCCAUUCACCUGUUCUGUGGGUGACAAAGGAUUCACUCAGUAUUCCCACCUGUGGACACACCAGUCAGUUCACACCAGGCAGAGGCUGGUCAUCUGCUGAAUUUCUGGGAAAAGAUUCACUCAGUCAUCUGACUUAAUGGCUCACCAGCGAGUUCACACCAGGGAGCGGCCAUUCACCUGCUCAUUCUGUGGGAAGAGAUUCAUUAAAUCAUCCCACCUGCUGAGUCAUCAGCGAGUUCACACUGGGGAGAAGCCGUUCGCCUGCUCAGAAUGUGGGAAGGGAUUCACUGAGUUAUCCAACCUACAGAAUCAUCAGCGAGUCCACACUGGGGAGAUGCCAUUCACCUGCUCAGAAUGUGGGAAGGGAUUCAGUCAGUCAUCCCACCUGCAGAGACACCAGCGAGUUCACACUAGGGAGAAGCCGUUCACCUGCUCAGAAUGUGGGAAGAGCUUCACUCACUUAUGCAACCUACAGAAUCAUCGGCCAGUUCACACUGGGGAGAGGCCAUUCCCCUGCUCAGAAUGUGGGAAGGGAUUUACUCAGUCAUCCAGCCUACUGAGUCAUCAGCGAGUUCACACAGGGGAGAGGCCCUUCACCUGCUCAGAAUGUGGGAAGGGAUUCACUCAGUCAUCCCAUCUGAAGGUUCAUCAGCGAGUUCACACUGGGGAGAAGCCGUUCACCUGCUCAGUCUGUGGAAAGGGAUUCACUGAUUCAUCCACCCGGCAGAAACAUCAGCGAGUUCACACUGGGGAGAAGUCGUUCACCUGCUCAGAAUGUGGGAAGGGAUUCACGGAUUCAUCCUGCCUACUGGUACAUCAUCGAGUUCACACUGGGGAGAAGCCGUUCACCUGCUCAGAAUGCGGGAAGGGAUUCACUCAGUCAUCCCACCUGCAGAGACAUCAGCGAGUUCACACUGGGGAGAAGCCCUUCACCUGCUCAGAAUGUGGGAAGAGAUUCACUCAAUCUUCCACCCUACAAGCACACCAGCGAAUUCACACUGGGGAGAAGCCGUUCACUUGCUCAGUCUGUGGGAAACGAUUCACUCUGUCAUUCCAACUACUGAAACACCAGCGAGUUCACACAGGGGAAAGGCCAUUCGCCUGCUCAGAAUGCGCCAAACGAUUCAUUCGGUCAUCCGACCUACAAAGACACCAUCGAGUUCACACUGGGGAGAAGCCCUUCCUUUGUUCAGAAUGUGGGAAGCGAUUCACUCAAUCUUCCACACUACAGAGACAUCAGCGAGUUCACACCGGGGAGAAGCCAUUCACCUGCUCAGUCUGUGAGAAGAGAUUCGCUCACUCAUCCACCCUAAAGAGACAUCAGCGAGUUCACACUGGGGAGAAGCCCUUCCUUUGUUCAGAAUGUGGGAAGCGAUUCACUCGAUCUUCCACCCUACAGAUACAUCAGCGUGUUCACACCGGGGAGAAGCCAUUCACUUGCUCAGUCUGUGGGGAGAGAUUUAUUCGUUCAUACACCCUACAGAGACAUCGGCGAGUUCACACCGGGGAGAAGCCAUUCACCUGCUCAGUCUGUGGGAAGGGAUUCACUCAGUCAUCCCACCUAGAGAGUCACCAGCGAGUUCACACCGGAGAGAAACCAUUCACCUGCUCAGUCUGUGGGAAGGGAUUCAGUCAGUCAUCCAAUCUACAGAGUCAUCAGCGUGUUCACACUGGGGAGAAGCCAUUCACCUGCUCAGUCUGUGGGAAGGAAUUCACUCAGUCAUCCCAUCUACAGAGUCAUCAGCGUGUUCACACUGGGGAGAAGCCUUUCACC